GGGAAGGGAAAUGGACAGAGAGCUUGCUGGAGCCCAUCCAUCCCCGGCGCCCACGAUCGCGAUCGCCGCUGCCGCCGCGGGAUCCUCCAGCUUCGCGAUGAUCCUCUCGGCGCUGCUGAUCGUGGCGACGAUCAUGGGCGCCAUGGCCUUCUGCGUGUGGAUGUGUGGAUGCAGCCCCGAGGACGUGAUCCGGGCACGCAGCGGCGGCGCGGGCGAUGGCGCGAGCGAUAGAUCAGCGCUGCCAGCGGCCAAGGCGGGGAUGAGCAAGCAAGCGAUUGAGAAAGCUCUGCCGGUGAUGAGCUAUGGCGCGGCGCGGAUGCUGGCCUCGCAGAGGACGAAGAACCCCGAGCUGGGCUGCUGCUCCAUCUGCCUGGCGGAGUUUGGCAAGCAGGACGAUUUCAUCCGGAUGAUGCCCAGCUGCGGGCAUUGCUUCCACUCGGAAUGUAUCGCGCUGUGGCUCGUCGCGCACAGCUCCUGCCCGGUCUGCCGCCGGAGCUUGAUCGGGCUGGAGACGCAGUGCUGCAAGAAUUGCGGAAGAAUCACGGCGAGCAAUCCUCAAGCUCCUCCUCCUCCUCCAUCUCCUCUACCGCCGCCGCCGCCGCCCACCACGCGUGACCUCAGCUUUAGCGAGGCUGUUGCUUGCUACUCGGUCCAAUUGCAAACAGCGACAAUGCCAAUCCCAACUCCCGAGCCGAGCAGGACGAUUCAGCUAGAAGAGGUUGUGAUCGAGGUGCCACCUGAUGAUUUUCGUCGCGAUCACCAUCACUAGCGCCCAGUGAAUGCUCUGUUCCUGGCGCGGAAAAUUCGUGUACAUUUUGUGUUGUAACAAAGAAAAGAGAAGAAUUUCAGGUC